GAAAUCCUGCCCUCCCAGGCCUUAUCCCCGAACGACGCCUCACUCUUUUCCUGUCAUUCUGCGCAAGACUCGAGGGGGAACGCUCAGAGAAACCACUUACACUUGCCGAGACGCUCCCAGACAUGGCCGACGCUCUCCUCUGUAAUGCCUCGUUCUCUUCUGCUUUUCUCGCCCGCCGCUCAUCGUCAACGGCUUCGCUUUCGCUCUCUUCGAAGCCGUCUGUUCUCCGAACCCGGCGGUUUUCUUCCUCGGCUAAUUCGCGUACCAGAUUUUUGAGGAUUUAUGCGUUAACUAGCAACGACAUCAAGGUUGGCACCAAUAUUGAAGUGGAUGGAGCUCCUUGGCGGGUUUUAGAGUUCCUUCAUGUUAAACCCGGCAAAGGAGCAGCUUUUGUAAGGACCAAAAUUCGCAAUUAUGUAUCAGGAAAUACGGUUGAGAGAACUUUUCGAGCAGGAAGCUCGCUUGAUGAGGCCAAUGUAUACAAGGAAGUCAAGCAGUUCACAUACAAAGAUGGUUCCCAGUUUGUUUUCAUGGAUCUGAAUACGUAUGAAGAAAUACGCCUAAAUGCGGCAGACGUUGGUGAUAGGACAAAGUGGCUGAAAGAAGGAAUGGACUGCAUCGUAUUGUUUUGGAAUGGGAAGGUUAUUGAUUUUGAGGUUCCCAACACAAUUCAAUUGACUGUGGUUGACGUUGAUCCUGGACUGAAAGGGGACACUGCACAAGGUGGUUCAAAGCCCGCAACUCUUGAAACUGGAGCCGUUGUUAAUGUCCCUCUGUUUGUAAACGUAGGCGAUAGUAUAGUGGUAGAUACAAGGACUGGCCAAUACACGAGCCGGGCAUGAAAUUUGACACGCACUUGACACUCAUCGGCGGCAGGUUUUGUCAGUACUCUUCUAAAGAGCAAUUAUUUUGGUCUCUGUUGUAGAUUCCUCUCCCAUCUACUCUUUUCACUGUUAAGAUUUGGAUUCCUUAGUUAGUGCUGAAGUAUCUCCAAGUAUAUACCAAAUUAUCAUUCGUUAUCGAACAGCA